GAAAAAGCUAUAAGAAUCUACAAGGGCUAGGUCAACACGAAUCAUUGAUUCACUCUAACUAUAAUAUUCCUUGGGUUGGUUUAAUACCUCAACUACUUGAAGCAAUUUCCAAAUUUAAGAAAACAUGGGUAUUUUUAAUUCAAGACAAAUUAAAAAAUGGGCAUCAGCAACAAAAACAACAUGUAAAUGUACCAUGCUUGGAAAGAGCAUAUGAAUUAUUAGGUCAAAUCUUUAACAAUUCAAAUUGGGGUGUUUGUGAAUAUAAAAAUCAACAACAAACUUGGGUGGUUUUAUGA